CGACAGUAGCGGAACUUAUUUGAAAGACAAACUUGGUCCAAAACAGACGCUGAAAACAUGGCUGUUCGGAACACUUUCUAUCAAUUUCAUGGAUUUUCACGCAAGAUACUGGUUUCUGGGUCAAACAGAUCUCGUAUAAUGUCGGCUUGUCGAUAUAAAACAACAGAUGCACAAGAUCACAAAUAUAAUCCUAAAUCUCUAAUAGAAGGAACACAUUCAUUGGUGGACGAUGACAAACCCCACUUUCCUGGAAGUUGGAAAUCCCGUUAUGUGGACAAACUGGAAUUGAUAAAACCUGAACUACACGAAGGAAUACCAACAUACCGAGUGUUGAACUGGGAUGGUGAUAUUGUGAACCCAAAAGAAGAACUAAAACUGGGAAAAGAUUUGAUACUUAAAAUGUACAAAAGUAUGGUAAAACUGCAUAGUAUGGAUGAUGUUAUGUUUAAUUCUCAAAGACAGGGGCGUUUAAGCUUUUACAUGACAGCUAACGGUGAAGAAGCCAUUCACAUUGGAAGUGCAGCCGCUUUAGAUAAUGAAGAUGAAGUAUAUGGUCAGUAUAGAGAACAAGGUGUUCUCAUGUGGAGAGGUUAUACACUUGAUGAAUUUGUGGAUUUGUGUCUAGGCAAUGAGUACGGUCAUGGUAGAGGGCGCACUAAUCCAACGCUGUAUGGUUCAAAAGAACUGCACUACAUCACGCUUUCAGCACCAUUGUCAACUGAAAUGCCCCAAGCUGCUGGCUAUGCAUAUGCUUUAAAAAGAUCUGGAUCCAAAAACUGUGUUGUGUGUUUCUUUGGUGAUGGUGCAGCCAGUGAAGGCGAUGCACACGCAGGCUUCAACUUUGCUUCAACACUUGAAGUACCUGUCAUUUAUAUUUGCCGUAAUAAUGGAUAUGCCAUUUCAACACAUUCAUACGAACAGUACCAUGGAGACGGAAUUGCUGCCAGGGCGUCAGGUUAUGGAAUAUGUGCAAUACGAGUGGAUGGUAAUGAUAUGUUGGCUGUGUACAAUGCCAUUAAAGCUGCUAGAGAUAUCGCAUUAUCGGAAAGUCGACCAGUAAUUGUCGAGGCUAUGACAUAUAGAUUAGGACACCACAGUACAAGUGACGAUCCUACAACAUAUAGAACAGAUGAGGAAGCUGCUUACUGGGGAAGACAUCAUCCUAUUGAUAGAUGCAGAAAGUUUAUCACCAAGAAAGGAUGGUGGAGUGAUGAAGAAGAAAAAACAUGGUACAAAGAAACAAGACAAAUGAUCAUAAACUCCAUGGAUCGAGCUGAGAAGAAACUUCUACCCAAUCCGCAUGAGAUUUUUACAGAUGUUUAUGAUGAGUUGCCAGAAAGACUAAAGCAACAGUCAGAAUCAUUACAAAGACAUUUGAAAGAGUACAAAGAUGAAUAUCCUGAUUUAACAAAAUUUCAUAUGGAAUAAUAUUGUUGCACUGUGAUGUGCUUUAAAAUUAUAUAUCUACUUAUACCAUGCAUAAAUGACCUAUUACAGAUGUAAAAGUAAUUCCUUGUGAUGUACUUGACUGUCAGAGGCAUUUAGGGACGACGUCAAAAGAUCGAUGUUGGAUAAAAAACUUAUUUGCUUUAGUUUGGGGGGGGGGUUUGACCUCAAAAAGUUUCCAUCCUACAAAAACGAUUUUAUUAAGUCAAAAAAAUCUUGAAGUAUUUGUAGUUCGUUUUGUUUUUUUUUCUAUCCAAUCAUGGACAGAAAUAACAGAAAAUGAAAAAAACCCACAUUCAAGACGAGGAAAUGGUUUGGUCAGAAUUUAAACAUGUGCGUCAAAUGAGGUGCAUUUGUAAAGUCUUUUUACACCCACCCGACAACCAACUGCUAUGCCAUACUACUGUCCGAUUAUCAAUUUGUAUUUAAUGGUGAAUGUAGUCUGACACCAUGACCAAUAUUUAUCAAUUAAGUUUCAGUGGUGGGUGGGGGGUUUUUGAAAAAACCUACUAAAGGAAUUAAGUUUUUUAUCCGACAUCGAUGUUUUGACGGCGUCCCUUGCAUAUGUUUAGUGGCAACAUGCAUGUUAAACAUGUUUAAUUCAAAUUAUAAUCAUUUUUUUCCUUAGAUGAUCAUUGUAGUGGAAAGGAC